GUGGGACUCGCCGCGACCUCAUGAUGCUCCCGCCGCUGUCUUCCCGGGCCUGUUCGCGCAGUCUCAGGGGUGGCAUGCCGGGCACCGCCUGCCCGAAGGCAUGGGGCAGAAGCCUGAGAGUGGGACAGUCCUGCCGCCUCCUGCCGAGGGCGAGCUGGAAGGCGAGCCCAGGUCCUGGCGGCUUCCCUAUGCCAUCUGAUAGGACUGCCGCCGGCUCAGUGCAGUUUCUGCUGGUGAAGGGCAGGAAGAAGGGCCUAAUCGCAUGCUCCAAGACGGUGAAAUAUGUUAUCGGAGACUUGAAGGGUCUGCACCGGAAGAUCAGCUCAAGGGUCGCAGAACCGCUGUACGUUUUUGCUUUCCAGCUGAAACAGCUCCAUCGCAAGCACCACACUUAUAUCCUGACCAACAGGUUAAAACCUCUUGAGGGGUUGGAGGAGGAUCUGGGAAGAGAUGGCCCCAGAUUAGGUCUCUUAGUGAUGAUCAUGGGUCUUAUCUACAUGAAAGGUAAUAGCACAGUUCUAGGAGAUGCUGAGUUGCUUGUAGGGUGCUUCCAUCAAAAUAUCUUCUUUGGUUACCCCAAAAGGCUUAUUAUGGAAGGUUCUGUUCAGCAGCGAUGCCUUAGUUACAGACAGGUGCCUCAAUCCAAACCAUCAGAAUAUGAAUUCUCUUGUACUUCCCGAAGCAACCUGGAAAAUCACCAAGGUGGAAGAAGUGGGGCUCGUGUCCAGGUUUCAGAAGAAUGAACCGCUUAUUGGCCGGAGCCGUAGGAGCCAGAGCCGAGGCUACAUAGGGCCCAUUUUAUGGCCACCCUCCACGGCUGGUGAGGGUGGGGGAAAAGAUGGCCAACGAGGGCCUAGUAUCCACUGUCUUUGAGUUGUAAGUAAUGUCAUUUCUGAGAAAAUGGUGAAGCUUUAGUUUUUAGAUCUUAUCUAUUGUUAUCUUUUGUUACUUUUAAUAUAUUAAAUUGCUAUUUAUAAGUGAGGCCGUUCUUUUUCUUAUAGAAUUUUGUUGUAGUUUUGCUGAUUUUUGUAAAUCGAGUAGUAAAACUUUGUAUUUUAUUCUGUGGUUCUGAAUGCAUUGUGCAGCAUUGUAAUUCUGGUCCUUGAUUGGCAUGAAGGGACUCAGCAUAUUGAUCAGGUACCUCUGUGUGUGUGUGUGUUUGUGUAUGUGUGUAUAUUUGUAAGCUUAUUUGAUGCCGAGCCUCUGACUUUUUUUUGUUUUAUUACAAAAAAAAAAAAAAAAAACCAAAAA